AAGACAAAAGAAGACUCCAGCCAUGGAGGCGCUCCAGUUUGAUCCAGCAAAGAUAUUCGUUUGCCUUGCAUUGCUUGGUUUCACCGGACUGUUGGUACGCCUGUAUAAUGCGCUGGUGGUGAAGCCAGAGAGGCUUCGAUCUGCGCUGAGGAAGCAAGGCAUCACCGGACCACCGCCGACUUUGCUACUCGGAAAUAUCAGGGAGAUAAAGAAGGCCAGAUCCACCUCAGUUAAUGUCGCUCCCGCCGGUGAAAGCCCGGUUUCCCACAAUUGUGCUUCUCUCCUCUUUCCCUUCUUCGAGCAAUGGAGGAAAACAUACGGAAAUUUAUUUGUGUUUUCUCUCGGAAACACACAAAUAUUAUUCAUAAACAAACCAGACAUCGUGAGAGAGAUAACCACAUGCACAUCCUUGGACUUGGGGAAGCCAUCGUAUCAGCAAAAAGACCGUGGUGUUUUGCUUGGUCAGGGAAUUCUCACUUCAAAUGGGGCUAUCUGGGCCCAUCAGAGGAAAGUUUUUGCUCCCGAAUUGUACAUGGAGAAAGUUAAGGGAAUGAUGAACUUAAUUACCGAGUCUACCAUCACUCUGCUAAACUCAUGGAAGAGUAGGAUCGAGACUGAGGAUGGAACCGCAGAUAUACACAUUGACGAGUACCUGAGAAGUUUCUCUGGUGAUGUGAUCUCAAGAGCCUGUUUUGGCAGCAACUAUGUCCAAGGGGAAAAGAUUUUCCUAAAACUACGAGUUCUGCAGGAGGUACUUUCCAAGAAAGUUUUAUAUACUGGGAUACCUGGGAUGAGGUACCUUCCCACGAAAAGCAAUAGGGAAGCAUGGGAGUUAGAAAAGGAAGUCCGCAGUUUGAUACUGCAGGUAGUAAAAGAGAGGGAGAAAGCCUCGCAUGAGAAGGAUUUACUGCAGAUGGUCCUGGAGGGAGCUAAGAACAUGAGCAAAGAGUCUAGUGACAGAUUCAUUGUUGACAACUGCAAGAACAUAUACUUGGCUGGGUAUGAGACCACUGCAGUUUCUGCCACAUGGUGCCUCAUGCUUUUAGGUUCAAAUCAAGAAUGGCAAGACCGUGUCCGUGCUGAGGUUCUCGACAUCUGCCGAGGUGGUAACCCUGAUGCUGAUAUGCUUCGUAAGAUGAAACAGCUAACGAUGGUGAUUCAUGAAUCGUUGCGUCUGUAUCCACCUGUUCCUGUGGUGUCUAGGGAGGCCUUGAAGGACAUGAAAUUCGGAGACAUUGAUAUCCCAAAGGGUGUCAACCUUUGGACCCUGGUGCUGACAUCGCAUACAGAUCCAGAAAUAUGGGGACCGGACGCCUACAAGUUCAACCCAGAAAGAUUUGCAAAUGGAAUUACAGGUGCUUGCAGUCUUCCACACUUGUACAUGCCAUUUGGAGUUGGACCCCGCGUGUGUCUUGGACAGAACUUGGCCAUGGUCGAACUCAAAAUAUUGAUAGCAUUACUUGUGUCAAACUUCUCUUUCUCCCUCUCCCCAAAGUACAGCCAUGCACCUGCUCUUGGGUUGGUGAUAGAGCCUGAACAUGGAGUAGACCUCUUGGUGCAGAAGUUGUGAGCUAUGCCUCGUGGCUGGGUUGGUUCAAUACACAAGGAAGGAGAAAAUAAGAUUCGCGUACCAGUUUUUUUUGUCUUUUUCUUUUUCUUUUUACUGUAUGAUGUCAACUUCUCUCGUUGAAAAUUAUUGGCUUAGCUGU